AUGUCUAGAUCUCUCCGGGUUUUAUUCCAAGGGAUGAAGCUCAUAGGCAAACGUGGAGAGACAUAUACCCUACAUCAUCCCCUAAUCCAACGCAGGGGCAAGCGCUGUCAUAUCUGGAGUGCGUCAAAAGAUAGUGAUGCAUUGGAUCAGUAUGUUAUCAAGCAGCCAGAUGACGAAGAUGGCCUUGGUUGGCCUAAUUUUACAAAGGAGCUGGAGAUGCAGAAGAAGUUCCAAAAGUCUGCAUACAUUCGGCGAAUGGUUGAUUUGAUACCAGCACCUACAGACCUACAGGCUUCUUGUAUGAUGGUGCUGGAACCUUUUGAAAAGUCACUUUGGGACGCACGAUUACGGCGCCCACUCAUCUUGGAGGAGAUCAGGUCUGUCAUGAGAUCUAUUGCUAUCGGACUUGGGACUAUACACCAAAUGAAUCUUGUCCAUACCGACCUAACUGGUGACCAGUUCAACCUCCCUCUCAGGUACCUUCAUCUCCUCCAAGCGCUUGCCAAUUUUGACAAACCCGGGAUGUUUGAUUCUCUAAAGGUAGAAGGAACCUUGGCUGACAAGGAAAACGCUACCCGGGCUCUCAUGGUGCAAGAGUUUGAUCUUCAAUCCGUCGAUUAUUAUACUUCCGACCCGGUUUCUCGAAAACUACUACCGAUAAAAGACGAAACAAGGACAGAGUUGGACCACUGGGUGGUAAAAUUACUUGACUACGGCACCCCGAAGAAAGAUAUUGAGACCGUGUAUCUUGCUUUAGAUACAAUUCCAGAAAGGAGACCAACGGCUAUGAACCUUUUAGAAUACGGCUACAUUUAG